AUGGAUCCGAGACGCGGACUCUACAACGAUGAGGGUAGCCGUGAAGCCCAGAUUGCACUUUCUGCUCUUGCACACACGCUACACAUGAAUCCGCUAGUACUCAAAAUUGCUCUUUCUAAUGCUUUCGAUCUGCUGGAAACCACUGGCGGCAUUCCAACGCUCGCACUGCAUCUAAGCUUCAAUCGGCUGAACUUCUAUAUCGACGGCAACACUCUGGAAAGGAUCAUCGCUGCUUUCCGCGGUGCGUUUUCAUUCAUGCUCAGUGACAAGAAGGGUGAGUCGAACAGGAAGUGA